UCCUGCACAUCCACACAGCACCAAGUGUUUGUGUUUGUGUGCGCCACCACAUUUAUAUCCGUGUCUGUGUGUCUCCCCUGCCCGCGACACAAGCUAACCAAGUCAGCACAAAUUAGUAGAGCACCCUCUGCCACCCAAAAACCACCACUAGAACCACUAGAACCACUAGAACCACCAGAACCACCAGAAUCACAAGAAUCACAAGAACUGUCACCGCUAGCACCGUUAUCUAAGACGCCUAACUAGGUGGCUACAACGCUACCAGCACCGGUCCGAGCCGCAAUCCCGCGCCCAGGUCAGUGUCAGUGUGAUUACCCUCUUCCUGCUCGAGCCAAAUCCCACAUACCAGCACCACAAUUGCACAUUACUACCAUAGAUACCCACGCCAGUACUACUACCGCAUGGAGCGCGGCACCAGCGGUGGUCAGCAGCAUGAGCAGUACCACCAGCAUCAGUCGCGCCAACAUCAUCAGCAACAGCAGCAACAACACCACCACCAACAACAGCACCAACAAGGGCCGGGCCAGCACCAGCAUGUGGUUGCCGUUCAUAGCUAUGAUCCGUACAUGACGUCCGGCGCCGCGGACGAAGAGCACACGGCGGGCUCGUCUUCGUUUGACAAUCCCGCCACCAAGAAGAAGCCACCCAAGCUGAAGGCCAUCCAUAGAUCCCUCUCUAUGGCUAUCGACAAUUAUGCGCCAUUAGGCGAGCAGAUGCUGCUCGACGAUGGACUGAUUAUUGAACAGCCGCUGAUCCACCGCUCGGCCUCGCCGUUGCCCUUGCGCUCGGCUCCGCCGCAGACCCUAGCACUCCCAGCACAACAUCUCCCACACCCACACGGUGGCGGGGGCGGUGGCAGUGGUGCCGUUUCGCCAGCACUCUCUGCACGCCAACAGCACCACCACCAACAACAACACCACCAACAGCACCAACAGCAGCAGCAUCUGCACACAUUUCAGCAUUUGGCCGCACAGGCCGCUGCUGCGCGCCACCACCAGCAUCCGCACCGCCAGCACACGCACUCGAGCUCCACCAGUUCGCCUACCUCGCACUCGCAUGCCGUUAGCCCCGUCCUGGGGAGCAGCAGCUCCGCAGCAGCGCAUCAGUAUCAGCAGCAUCAGCCGGACAUCUACCUGGUCAGCAGCAGCAGUCUGGGCGAAGAUGUUGGCGGCGGCGGUGUUGGCAGUGGCAUGAGCCUAGGGCAUGGCCUGGGGCGAUCCCCGCUUGGCGGUAGCACAUCACCGAUACAGUUCAUCGAUGUCGAUGAUAUGCUGCCGCCAUCAGCGGCUGUGGCUGCAGCUUCGGCGGCAUUUCGUGCACACGCCGCCGCCAGCAGCAGCGGCAGCAGCGGCGCUCUGCACACGCACCCGCUGAAGAAGAACCUGUUCCGGCGCUCAGACACUAUUGACGUGCAUCCGUCUGCCAAUUUUCAGAUGAAGAAAACGCAUUCCUUCCACGCUCAACAAGAUCCCGCCGCCAUGGAACAGAUACUGCAGGCUAGUUCCGCCUCGGCGGCCUCUAGUCGGCGCACCAGUUCGGUGCGCGCCAACUUUUUGAUGCCGGGACCACCGGCGGGCAAGGAACUAUCGCGUUCCCCUUCACCCAGCCGACGGGGCUGUCGUUCGCAUCGAUCUUUCAACGAUCCUGCGCGCCGACCCAGCACCAAACCGGACUCGGUAGUCGAGUCCCAAAUACGUCAUCCAUCACUGAAUGACGAUGUAAUGGAUCCAUUGGAUGGUCGUCCCACCUCCCUCUUCCCGCAGUCGAAUUUGUCACUGGAAAACGAGCUCUUUGUUGAGUCGAGAUCGCGCAGCAACAGUCACACCAAAAUGGAGGAUCUUGGCGUUGCUGAUAUGGCGACUGUGCAGCGUCUUCGCAAGAGCUCUGGCUCCUUCGAGGAAAGCGGCGGCACCGUCAUGGCCGGUCACAGUGCGACCCAUCCGCCCUCCAGCUCGAACAGCGUGAAGCAAAAACGUGAAACGCACCCGCAUUCACGGCAACAGAGCACGCACAGCUUAGAGCUAGACGGAAGACCAUCAACCUCAAGUGCCGCACACACCUUGCAAUUGCACAGUGCCGCAGCGGCGGCUACGGCUGCGUACCACUUCAAGCGUGGGGCGCAACACGGACGCUCGCUUUACCUCUCGCCUAGCAAUUUAGAGGAGCUGACUGUCCACAGGCCGGGAGUGCUGGCAGCCGCAGCUGCAUUCCAAGGCACAAAUGCUAGCGCCAGUGUAAAACAGGCCAAGGCAUUGCAUAGUGCGAGCAUGAGACUCAGAACAUAUCGAGAGACUCUGAGCGCAUCGAAGAAGUCGAAAAGCUUUAUCGGGGAUACUGGAAUGCCGGGACCGAGCACCAUUGGCUCAGCUGGCGAAGACUUUGAGCUUACCUCACCCCACCGACGCAACAGUCGUCCGUUGUCCACGGCCGUGCCAACCGCGGGUGCCAGUCUGGACGAAAUAAAACGCAGCCCACGUCCAAUAUCGGCUGCAGCCGCUGCCUUUAUCGACGAGAAGCGACCUUCUUUCGAACGCAAACCCUCGUUGACCUACGAGCUUAGUGACGCAGCAUUUGCCGCGCAGGUUCUGCGACCCUUUCAUCACAAACUGGCCGCUGGCCGGAAGGCCUCGGUGAGUGGGGGCUCGCAUAAGCUGAAGAAGAAGUCGUUGAGCGAUGACACCGACGAGGAUGAGGAUGCUGAUCGUAAGCGGAAACGCAUCGUCUGCAUAGUCCUAGCCACCGUACUCUUAUGUUUGGUGUGUGCCAGCAUUUUCGUUGUGGUUGUCACCCUCACCUCUGGACAGAGUCAAUCUGGCAAGAAGACGCAUUCGUUCAGCAGGGAUACACCGGUCCACUACACGGGUAUGCGACCAUCAUGAAGUGCAAAUGCAACAACUACAGCAACACUAAGAACUACAACAACAACAACAACAACAACAACAACAAUAAUAAUAACAAUAACAAUAAUAAUAAUAGGAACAGCCACUAUUAGAGACAAGCACGUAGUAUUGACACUCAUCGUAGGCUUCGUGUGCACAGCGCUCGAUAAAAUGCAAAGCAAUCUGAGACGUUCCAACCCAUCGAUAUUCAAAUCGGUUUGUUUCGACUCUAUGCUAUUCAGUUCUAAGUACUAUGCUUUUGCUUCCCAUGUGUGCGUGAGCGUGUGUUUUGUACAUUCAGCAAUCAAUCCGCUUAGCCAAUCGAUGUCGGCUAAUUGCUACGGCAACGAGCACUUUUGUUUCUACUUGCAUCAAACGUGAGCACUACAAUAAUCUCCUCAAAUAGCCACAUAGCCAGAGCACCACCGCCGCGACCACAUCCUCUCGACCAAUUCAGCAAUUGCAGCAAAUGCUACACACAAACACACGCCUUGCGUCAAGAAAACGAAAGGAUUAUUCGCGAGAAUUUAGAAAGAACGCGCAUGAUCAAAAACAUGACCGAACACACGGCGCUCCUGGGCCAGCAGAGGCAGCAGCAGCAACAGCAACAACAACAGCAGCAGCAACAAC